CCCAAAUCAAUUCUUACUCCUACCACAACAUGCACAGUCCAUUGUUAUGAAUUUUCCUGGUAAAAAAAGAACUCAAUAAUUCCGGAGGACCCUAUAUAUAUCAAAUGCAUGGUCAAAAUUAUCACUUGAUGGGAAGCUUGCUACCAGUGGAUUCCAGCAAACCUAAGUUCUCACAGCUCUAUAUUUAUGACACGGAGAAUGAGAUACCGAACAGACUUCGUGCAUUAGAGAAAUCGGAAUCAUCAAAUGAGUUGGAUCCAGAAAUAGUUCAUGGCUUGAAAGAUAUGAUGGACCAACACAAUGAGUUGGCAAAGUGCUUUCGUUCUGCAAGGGAUAGAUUCCGAGAAGCGCCACAAAUAGAAUUCAAACUCAGACUACUUUGUAACCGUGAAAGAGAUGAAAGAACAUAUAAUUUGCCCACUGCAUCUGAAGUGGUUGUUCUUAUAGUCGAAGAUUUGGAUAGUAUGUCUUCUCACCGUGAUAUUAUUUUGGAGCAUAAAGAUCGCACUUUGCAACACAUUAAUGAGCUUCACCCUUCAUAUUUAGCUUUGCAAUAUCCCAUACUAUUUCCAUAUGGAGAAGAUGGGUAUAGAUAAAAGAUCAAGUAUAGACAAGUUGAAGGUAUAGAUGCUAUCAAACGG